AUGGAGGACCUCGCGCCCGACGUCCUCAAGACGCUCGCGGUGGCGAUGAGCGAAGACGUGCUCAGUGGAAACUUCGACCUCGCGAAGUCGCAAAAGAUCAAAUUCGUGUCCUCGAUGACUUUCGGUGGCGCGUCGUUGGUCGGUUUGAUGUUUCGCUUGGUCGUGAAAGUUUUCGCGCUCGUCAUCGUCGUCGCGUGCGGGUUCGCGGCGUUCGCGUACGCGAAUCGUGAUCGUUUCGUCAACCGUUUCGAUGAGUGGGCGCGGAACCGGUGUUUGAUGGAGCUUCGGAAGCGAACGACGGCGACGUGCGCGUUGGACGCGUGCCGCGUGCGGAUGAACGAGGUGACACUGCGACGUUUGACGAUCGGAAACUCGGAUGCUGCCGAGUUCACGUCGCCGCAUUUGGCGAAGUUUGACGAGAUUAAAAUUGCGAUUGAUUUUUUUAGCGCGCUGGGACGGAUGCAAGUGGGGAACUUUGUGUUCGGAUUUGUCACGACGAAAGUCGACGAAAUAUUCGUCAGCGGCGGGUCGAUCGUGCUCGAGGAGCGUGGACGGGCGAAAAAUUAUAAAAUCAUGCGCGCGCGCGAAGACGAGAAAGUGGUGGAGGUGAAGGGUGAGGAAAAAUCUGAGGCAGAGGCAGCGGCGCCGGCGGCGGAUGGGUUUUUCGCGGGUAUCUCAAAUUCGCUCGAGGCGACGCAAAAGGCCAUUGACGCGCAACUGAAAGAGGCGAUGAAACUUCCUGGUGCCGCGCUGGGAACGUUGCAAAAUGCGGGAUCGGACGUCACUAAACGCCUAUACGCUUUGGCGGAAAUUUUAGACAAGCUGAAGAGAGCCUCCCCUAUCGAUGACGAGGAAGAAAAGCAUUUGAACUCGUUUUCUUUACGGCGAGCGCCGACGGUGUUGAAGGUGAACAAUCUCACGUUCUACGACUGGUCGUUGACGAUUCAUUCCGUCGCUUCGACGCCUUUCCAAUUCACGCAGUUUGAAAUGAACGAUUUCAUCGGUCGACCCGGUCAACUGGGUAAAGACGUCGGCAUCGGGUUGGUCACGGAAAUUCUCAACGAUUUUCACAGAAAAAUUUUUAGCGGAGUGACGGAUGGCGUCGGGAACGUAACGUCGACCAUUCUCGGUGCUGGUACGACGAUCGUAGGCGGUGUGGCUUCGGGCGUGACGAACGUCGGGUCGACGCUCGUGGGCGGCGUCAGCGACGGCAUCGCGUCCAUUGGGCAAGUUCGCGACUUGUUGAAAUAA